AAAGCAGCAACGCUGAAGAAAAACUUGGAGAGAACGCAGUACCCAGUACGGAUGACAAUGCUGCUACAUGUGUAGAGAAUGUAGUAACUGGAAGAAAGGACGGUACUAGAAUGGACGACAAUGCCCCUACAUGUGUAGAGAAUGUAGUAACUGGAAGAAAGGACGGUACUAGAAUGGACGACAAUGCCCCUACAUGUGUAGAGAAUGUAGUAACUGGAAGAAAGGACGGUACUAGAAGGGACGACAAUGCAGCUACAUGUGUAGGGAAUGUAAGUAGGUCGCCGGUUGAACCGUCCCGCUCCGUUGUUGACCCCACUCCAGGCGGGGCGAUCCGUCAGUUUACCCAGCGGAAUUCCCCCAGCCUAUCAGCGCUCGCCUCUGACAACCGGGCCUUCGCGCAGCUGCCGAUCUCGUUCCCAGGCACUUCCGGGUACUGGUCCGAUCCCGGGGCGGAGUGUGGCACUGCUAGUCCGUUAGAAUUUUCUUCAGUAGAUCACCCUGCGCCUUUCCUGGAUGACACGUUUGCCGGCAUGAUGCCGCUUUACCCGCGCGGGCAGCAGCGGCAGCCCGCAGAUUCCCUACGGAGGAGAAGCCUCCGAUCCUCCACCAGCGUGGAAGCGGCGCUACGGUACUACGAUGCGCCGGAACGGUCCCGCACCCCUCCCCCUCACUCCAUGUACAAGCCGUCUGCGUACUACCGGAGGAGUAUGAUCGAUCUGAGGGAGGGGUACGUCCCCCCAUCCACGCGUACCGAGGCCAGGAGACGGGAAACAAGACCUAAAGAAGUUGUCAAGACGGAGGUCAAGUCUGCGGAGAUUAAGAGAGAGACACCGGUUCUUAAGCAGGUGCUGCUUGCCUCCACUACGCCACCCUUAAGAAGGCGAAGCGCUGAGGAUUUAUCGAAGGAGAAGGAGAAACUAGCGGCGAAGAUCGCGGCGAAACAGGAGCCAUCUGUGACCACUGGAGAGACGCAGGAGAAAAUACACGCCACCAAAGUCAUCGUAGAAGACGUAGAACCAGUCGAAGUGGUAGAGAAGCCGGCCGAAAUGCCGGCCGAAGUGACGGAAAUAGAAAUAGAACCACCCCGAUCGGAUAUAAAGGAUACACCGCCCUCCCCACCGCCCCCGACCGUAGUCCAACAGUCCCAGAAACCGGACACGAUUCCAACAGACACAACAACACCGCCACCACCACCAAAGAUCGAAGAAAAACGGCAACAAGAACAACACGAGACGACAACAACAACAAAAGAUGCUGCCGAGCCAGAAACGAAGGAAGAAGCGAAGGAACUCCCCAGGCGAAGCGUUGUAUACACAGCUAUGGAGGCGCUGGAGAGCGAGCUGCUGUGCCCGGUGUGUCUGGACCACUUCAAGUCGCCGCUCCUCCUGCCCUGCCUCCACAGCGUCUGCAGCAAAUGCGCCCAAGGCAUCCUCGUCCAUCCCAACGGCGACCCCAUGUCGAAAAUCGGCGCGGCGAGCGACUACAGAGACGAACCGCGCAGCAGCCUCAAGUGCCCUUCCUGUAGACACGAGAUCAUACUGGACGGCAGAGGCCUGGACGGGCUAAAGAGGAACUUGAUUCUGGAGAAUAUCAUCGAUAGGUACAAGCAGGCCACGUCCGUGUCGAACUUUCCCGGCGGGGGGAAGAGGGUGGUGCCGUGCGACGUGUGCAGGAGCGACCCGCCAAAACCGGCCGUGAAGAGCUGCGUGAAGUGUGAGCUGUCUUACUGUGAAACGUGCCUGAAGCUGACGCACCCUACAACAAGAGCAAAGAACAAGACAAGCCCAGCUGCUUGCAAAGAGACUGGCAAGACGGCGUUUGCUGAUCACAAGUUUGUGGUCCCAACCGUAGACCCACAGACCAAGGUGUUAAUGUGCACAGAACAUCGGGAGGAAAAGGUGAACCUGUUCUGUGUGACUGACGACACGCCGGUGUGUUCCCUGUGUAAGCUGGUGGGCAGACAUAAGGAACACGAGGUCAAGCCACUGGAGAUCACCUACAACGAGCAGAAGGAGAAACUUGCUAAGGAUGUGCAGGAGUUGGUGGGCAUCAACACGGAAAUGGUGCACUACAUCGCCAAGCUGCGGUCGCUCUGUGAGAUGGUGGAGCAAAACUUUUCUAAGAUGGAGGCGUCAGUGAAGGAUGAGUUCUCUCGGUUGCGGAUGAUCGUGGAUGAGCGGGAGAAGGCCAUGGUGGGGAAACUGCAUGACGAGAAGGCGAGACGUGUGGAGGACAGAAAGCAACAGGUUGCAGUUUAUAGGAAAACGCUAGAGGGCACAACCGCAGCAGUAACGUACGCACAGGAGGCACUCAAGGAACCAAACGAAGGCUGCUUUUUGCAGACAUCCAAGGCCAUCAGUAAGAGAGUCCGGAUGGCGAUAGACUCCACCCCGUCUCUGCAGUCAUCCACGGAGCUGGUGGAUCAGCUGCAGCUCAAACACUUCCAGAUCGACUUCUCUAACCUGGUGCCCAUGCUCGGACAGCUAGACUUCCUCAGACUUCCGAGUACUCCAGAGUUCCUGACAGAUCAGUGCUCUGCGGAGGAGAGUUCCGUGUACCUCAGAUGGCAAUGUAAAGAUGUCUCCGCAUUUGAUACAUAUCAGGUGCAAUACGCCCGGUCCUACGCGUCCAGUGCAAUCGUCAGUUCCAUCUACAAGACCAUUUCCGACAUCAAUGACGUCAGGACGACCAUCUCGGGUCUGCAGCCGGACACACAGUACACGUUCUUCGUGCGGGCAGUCAACAAGGCCGGCCAGACCCCGAGAAGCGAGGGCCUGAAAGUUAGGACCAAAACUGCAGCGUUCAAGUUCACGCUGGAUCCCGACACAGCCCACCCUGAUCUGGACAUCUCUGACGACGGCUGCUCGGUGACGUACGACUCGGCCGGAUCGUCCCGCCGGAACGUUCCGACGCGCCCCGAGCGCUUCACGGAUUACGUCGCCGUUCUGGGCAACUCCGUGGUGAGCCAGGGACGUCACUACUGGGAGAUCGACGUCAGUAAGAGUCGGGGGUACCGCAUCGGCGUGGCGUACAGAUCCACGCCCAGGAACGAGUACAUCGGGAGCAACAACUCCUCCUGGGCGAUACAGUGCCACAACAAGAGGUUCGCGCUGUGGCACCAGAACAAGUCGCAGACGAUCCAGCUUUCCUCGCCGCCGUCUAAGAUCGGUAUACUGGUGGACUUCUCGUCAGGAACCCUGACGUGUAUAACCAUGUCACAACCAGGGAACAAGCAGCAAAUAUACUCCUUCCAGACGAAGUUUAGAGAGUCCCUAUGCCCGGCGUUUGCCGUGUGGGACAACUGUUUAACUGUCAUCUCGGGUCUACCCACGCCAACCAUUUAGACUACACUUAGAGACAACCAAUCCCGACGUAUGUGCAAAUGUUCGCAGUAAAGGCAAUGUACGUUCAAGCAGAUGAGUGGUUCGUUUUAUACGUCUUUCAGAUGGUAUUUUCUCUUCACGUAUAGUGAGGCACACUGUAGAAAAGAAUUCGUCACCUGAAAGACAUACAGGCAUAAGCCGAGAGCACCCAUCUGUUUGGAGCUUUACUGCGAUGUAACCUCCAGUCGUAGGAGUUGAGACAACAGUUCUAGAAGCUUGUGAAGCUCAUGUUUUGUUACGAUACCUGUAAUUUCAGUAAAGUACGCCUGCUACGCAAAAGGGCUUCCCUGUACAGGUACGCUGCUAUAAAAUGACAAUAACUGCAAAAUAUUUCUAGAUAUAACUCUAUAGCAAACUCGCUUGUCGCCAUUGUAUUAUUGAGACUUAGACUGUAUGUAGGGUGACGGUGCAUGGACUUUGAUAGAUAAUUCACAGUCAGAACUGUGCAAUACUGUAUAAGUGGGGCAAAACAAACGCGUUGGCAGGAUCAUUUGUACUGUGCAACAAUAUAAAAGUGUACAGCUUUAGGGGUGAGGGAUAGAGUGUAACAUUUUCUUAGCUGUACAUAUGUGCGAACUGUUAACAGAUAUACAGUACAUAGAUCGGUGCUGCAAUAUUGUAUGGUAUUAUAGAAGUGCUACGGCUAAAGCCUUGAGAAUUAUCAAAGUAAAUAGGGAUGUCAGAUGCUAGCUUUUCUACAAGAAUAAAUAUCGUCACCUCACUAUAUUCGUCAAAAAUCCAUUUAAAAAACUGUUAUGUACGCGUUUAAGUGUAGAUUCUUUGUAAGAAAUACCAAGAUACAUAUUGUCAAAAAAUGGCUGCCAUGGCGGAUAGUCAUUCAAAAUCAGGGCAUGGAAUUGUCUCCGUUUGUAACGUUUUAUGUUAUGUUUUACCACGCCACAUUUCAUUGGUACUAAAUGACCAAAGCUAGCUAAAUAUCACAAGCCAUCAUUUUUAUUUGCUAACGUUGCUGUCGAAACAAUUAGAGCGAUGCGUCGAAUGACGUCAACACGUAACUGUAGAAACAUUGACAAUGUUGAGAAAUUCACGAGAAAGGUUCGCAAGGAUACGUCGAAUGAGAGAGAGAGAGAGAGAGAGAUUGUUGAAGAAGUAAGAGAAUCGUUUAGGGGAAUGACAUGGAAUGGAGGAAUAAAAAAGCGAGUGCUGUAAGAAAUGUUGACAAAUUUGUAGAUUUGAUCCAAGUAGAUAAAUGAUUCUUGUGACAUCAAAGGGGCUCCAGUUGUUGGACAUCAUGUGCCUAACGCAUACUACUAUCACUUGAUGAAGUAAAUGUCAGAAAGGUAGAUUUUGAUGUUACACUAUGAAGUUUUUGCGUCCUGCAUUCGAUCAAACUGAACUGGUAAUAAGUCCAAAAGCGCAUGCGCAGCGCAAUGCAUUGUGGGUGUUGUUUCAAAGUUGCAUGCCCAUGAGACAAACUGUACCACUUCUGGACAUGUAUUGAAUACGACCUACACGACCUGUUUACAAGUUAGGGGUCUUGACCUUUGACAUAUUGCCCACAAUGCAUUUCACUGCACAUUCGUAGUUGGAACCAUGGGAUACAACUUGACAGCUCAAGGGUAUUUGUGUGAGGGCUCAGGGCGAAAGGACAUGUUUUACUUAUGAUACGAAUAAUGUGAUGCGAUUAUUUCAGGGACGACUUUAUGCUUCAUGAACUGUGCCUUCCCUGGAGUACAGAACAUUCUUAGGAAAACGAAAUGACAUAAAAAGGAAUAGGUAGUUAUAUCGCCAAGCUCUUCAAAAACUAGAUGACAGUUAAAUUACACGUAACCAAUUGAUAAGUUGCCUACCACGGUGCCUGGGGCUUCUUGGUCAUCAUAACGAGAUUCCAAUUGUAUUUCUAGCCUCGCAUUCGCUUGAUGGUAUAACGUUGCUGUCAAACCUUCUAAUUCCUCUUCUUCUGACGCUUUAGUUAGCUGCUGUAGCGUCUUGGCGGGCUGAGAUCUAACACAGGAGAUAUUAUGUUAUUAACAGGGCGUCGCAGAAAAGGGGAACUAAUUAAACAACCAUUGCUCUGAAUGUGAUGAUUAUCAUAAGCUUUGAUAGACUGCAAGCAUCCAUGCCUUUCUUGUUCUUGCUGGAUGUUGCUAUCAUAAGCAACAAUGUCAAGAAUAAAACCGUCGUACAAAGUA